CACUUUCCUCCAGUUCACUGUAUCGAGAACUUGUCGUUCUUGACAACUGAUCUCAGUCCUUCGGCUCUUCUCAACGACUUGCAGCGUCCGGUCGCGACUUGGGAUCCAUAGUUCUUGGGCGGUGAACAGAACGCUCGAGAAGUAGAAGCACACCAUUUAGGCAGACCCACAAUAGAGAUAGCAGAUCAGCCACGAUGCAGGACGACUACAAGGACUCCAUCGAUGGAAAACCGUCCAUCGAUCGAAAUGGCAGCGCCUACGCCGACCCCGAGAAAGCAGGCCACGUCGAGGAGACCGCCCGUCGAAGCAGCAAGUAUGACACCGGCGACCCUUUUGGCGACGAGACCGACGCAGAAGUCAAAUACCGCACCCUGGAAUGGUGGCAAGCAAGCAUGAUCAUGAUCGCAGAAACGAUUUCCCUCGGGAUCCUCUCAUUGCCCUCAGUUCUCGGGUCAAUUGGCAUGGUCCCCGGCGUGAUCUUGAUCCUCGGACUUGGAAUCGUGGCCACGUACACAGGCUACAUCUUCGGGCAAUUCAAGAACGCCUAUCCACAUGUCCACAACAUGGCGGAUGCGGGAGAGGUGCUCAUGGGUCGAUUCGGCAAAGAGCUCUUCGGCGCCGCGCAGGUCAUCUUCCUGAUCUUUACGAUGGGGAGUCACAUCUUGACUUUCACGAUUGCGUUCAAUGCCAUUACUGGACAUGCGGCGUGUACCAUUGUCUGGGGCGUGAUCGGCACGAUUAUUCUCUUUCUUUUCACGAUCCCGAGAACGCUGAAGAACAUUGCGCAUUUCUCGAUCGUUUCCGCAAUUUCAAUCGUAGCCGCCGUGGUAAUAACCAUGGUAGGCGUCGGCAUCGAGCGUCCCGACCCCAACGUGCAAGCCACCACGAAAGUCGCCUUUGCCCCAGCAUUCCUCUCAGUCACGAACAUCAUCUUUGCCUUCGCCGGCCACUUGGCGUUCUUCUCUUUCAUCAGCGAGAUGAAGAAGCCGCAGGACUUCCCGAAAGCUCUCGUCUUGCUCCAAGCGACGGACAUUGGCUUGUACCUCAUCGCUGCGAUUGUGAUUUAUCGCUAUGCUGGACCCGAGGUGGCGUCGCCGGCGUUGGGCUCGACGAAUGAUACGGUGAAGAGGGUGGCGUAUGGGAUUGCGUUGCCGACGAUCGUUAUCGCCGGCGUGAUUUACGCUCACGUCGCAGCCAAGUACAUCUACGUCCGCAUCUUCCGUGGAACCAAGCACAUGUCUUCUCGCUCGUGGUUUGCAGUCGGCAGCUGGCUUGGGAUAAUCGGAGCGCUGUGGAUCGUAGCCUUUAUCAUCGCUGAAAGCAUUCCGACUUUCAACGACUUGCUCGGUCUGAUCUCCUCGCUCUUUGCAUCGUGGUUCACAUACGGUAUCGCCGGAUCAAUGUGGCUGUUCCUCAACUAUGGACAGUGGUUCAAGAAUUGGAGGAAGACCUCCCUGUUCGUGCUCAACAUUAUGAUCUUCUGCUUGGGAGCGACGAUUUGUGGCGUGGGUUUGUAUGCCAGCGGCAAGUCGAUUCAUGACAGCGCGGGUAGCGGUGCGAGCUGGAGCUGUGCAGACAACUCGACUCCUGAAUGAGAUCGCGACAGAGUUGAUCUUUGCCGCGCGCUCGUCUAUGUCUAUGAGCCUUCUACUUCCUGUCUAAUGAUAUGUCCAUAAUGACUUGGGACGA